AUGGUUGUGCUUUCCUUAUUGACUAACCUUGUAUCCACGGUCUACCCCGUCAUUGCGUCCUACAAGGCGUUCGACGAAUACAGCAAAGUGGCAAAUGAGAUCGCCUCCUCCCAGUUCAAAAUCGGGGGCGUUACCGUUCCCCUAAAUCUCGUAUUCAAGCAAGCAGCAACAGAACCAGGAACUGAGGACCGUGCUCUCCAGACCAGUUUGAUAACUAUCCAGAAGUGGUUCAUCUACUGGGUGGUUUUGGCCACAGUCCAGUCUGCUGAGACCUUUUUGUUUUUGCGCCAUUUAAUACCUUUAUACUCAUUGAUAAAGUUGUCCUUUUCGAUAUGGUUGCUCUCUCCAAUGGUCACCUUUGGAAGUGCCACUCCUGAUACCACAAAGGCGUUCGACAAUACCGAGGAUUGGACCAAAUUCAGCCAAAAUGGUUGCGGCUUGGUCUACUUCUCGUUUAUCAAGCCAUGGAUAGAGACGAAACUUGUCAAGUUCGAUGUGUUUCCUCAAAAGCUCUUCACUGAUGCUAAGAAAUUGGCAGGAUUGGGCUUCAGUAAUACCCUGAUCGAGCAAGCGGUCAAGUCAUCGCAACAAGGUCCCGAAACUGGCCUGGGUGUAUCGGAAAGUGGGAUCUUGGAUAGCUCCUAUGUCAUGGUGAAGGACUUCACCAGCAAAAUUGGCUACGCGGGUGAGAAGCCAGGAGAAGAAGAAGAGGUAGAAGGCGACGGAUUGAAGCAGAGACCCCAAAAGAAAAAGGGAUGGCUUUGGUAA